UUCUUGAGGAGAAUGGAAUGGAAUUUUAUGGAGUAAAAAAUAAACCAGGGGACGGUGGUAUCGAUAUAUUUGGGGGACUUGGAGGAAAUACCAUCGUGAUUCAAUGUAAGGCUUAUAAAAAGAAAAUAGGCGUAAAAUUUGUACGUGAAUUAGAAGGUGUAUUAACUAGAUACCAUAAAGAUACGAUUGGUGUUCUAGUUGCCCCUUCAAAGAAUAAAUUUACUACAAGAUCAGAAGAAAGAGCUGAAACAUCUGGAUAUAAUAUCAUCUUAACGGAUAAAACAAAUAUAUGUUCGGAUUUGAUUAAAUUUAUUGAUUCUCAGAAAGUUGUCGAGAUUCAACAGGUUGUUGAGAAUUAA